CCUGUCACAGGCAGCGCCGGAGCCGUGCGGGCUGGCGGAGCCCUGCUGUGCUCCCCGCGCCGAGCCCGCGGCUCCGGAGCCACCCGAGCGCCGGGAAAAGUGUCCUGCAGCCGCCGCCGAGCAGGAGCACCCCGGAGAUGAAGGCCCCGCCGCUCGCCACCCUCGUCCUCGCUCUCGCAGCGGCCGCCCCGCAGUUCAACGGCACGAACGGGAUGGAGCAGGAGGUGGCGGCGCUGGAUUCCCGGCUGCGGGGGGACUGCGGCAGCCCCAGGGACAAGGAGGCGAGGUUAAGCGAGCUCGAGCAAAAGCUGGCCGAAGCCGACUUCCAGCAGGAGAGCCUCACCUUCAGGUUCGCCGCCAUCCAGACCCACGUAUUCAAGUUCAGGGCCCAGGACUUCAGAGGUCUAAAUGUCACCAGCGAGAUGGCACAGGACAGAGAGCAAAGAAGCACCCCAUGGCACGCCAUGCGCUUCCCCGCAGAGCUGAUGAAGGGCGUCCGAGCAAGAGAGGUUGAGCAGAAACUCGUCUGCAUUUACAUCCACAGCCCUUGCAUCUUCCAGGAUGCACGCAACAGCUCUGUGCUGAACAACAACAUCUUGGGAGCCUUCCUCCGAAACAGCCGCGUCACCAACCUCAGCCGGCCCGUGGAGAUCCAGUUCCAUCACAACAAAGUGCUGGACACCUCCAAUGCAACCUGUGUCUUCUGGCUGGCUGAUGCUGGUGGCAGGGACUGGGGAAGCUGGAGCUCAGAGGGCUGCGAGACCAGGCACAGCCCGGGCACCGUCCUGUGCCAGUGCAACCACCUCACCUACUUCGCCGUGCUGCUGAUCACGUCGGGCAACAUCAGCCAGGCCGAGCUGGUGUCUCUCACCUACAUCAGCAUCGUGGGCUGCUCCAUCUCGGCCGCUGCCUCGCUUUUCACCAUCCUCCUCUACUGCAUCUUCAGGAGGAGAAAGAGUGACGACACAACCAAAAUCCACAUGAACCUCCUGGGCGCGCUCUUCCUCCUGAACAGCGGUUUCCUGCUCAGCGAGCCGCUGGCCUUGGCCUCGGUGGGGCUGUGCCGGGCUGCAGCCGCCUUCCUGCAUGGGUGCCUCCUCUGCACCUUUGCCUGGAUGGCUGCUGAGGCCUUCCACCUCUACCUCCUCCUCAUCAAGGUCUACAACGUCUAUGUCCGGCGGUACCUCCUCAAGCUCUGCCUCUUUGGUUGGGGUCUGCCAGCAUUGGUAGUAAUUAGUAUUUUGCUCUUCAAGAAAGACGCCUAUGGAUACCAUGACAUCGAAACUGGUGAUGGCUACAAAAAUGCUACAAUGUGCUGGCUCACCAGCCAGGAGGUUCACUACGGCACCCUGUGCUACGCUGGCCUCAUCCUGCUCAUCAACACCCUGGUGCUGCUCAUCGUCAUGAGGAUGCUGAGGAGCAGGCGGCACCAGAAGGGGAUGGCGAGGAAGGACUGGGUGACGGUGCUGGGGCUCACCUACCUGCUGGGCACCACCUGGGGCCUGGCCUUCUUCAGCUUCGGCGUCUUCUUCAUCCCCCAGCUCUACCUCUUCACCAUCCUCAACUCCCUGCAGGGUCUCUUCAUCUGCCUGUGGUACCACACCGUGCACCGCCGGACGGACCGCGACUCUUCCAGUACCACCUCCAACACCACCAAAUGAGCUGGCCCGGCCGCUGGGGUCAGGGGCUGGCGGGGGCUUCGCGGGGACGCCGUGCCGGAGCCCCUCCGUCCCCAUGAGCUGCACGGGGCCGAGGGAGCGGGUCUCCCGGAGACCUGUGCUCUCUGGCGCUUUUUCGGUGCUGACCAGAGACCCAACCCCGCUUUGUGGAGGGGGAUCUGCCCACCAUGCCUGCCCCACAGCCCGUUCCCAGCAGUGGACCUGGCGAGAUGCAGGUGGCUCUGGGGGGGAGAGCUGCUCCCCACUGGGACCUGGGGGCUGAGCAGGGACCUCCUGCAGGUGCCCAGCACAGAGCGUUUGGGCAGCCAGUGGCAAAACCCUUAGCUGGAUACCAGUCCUCUGAGCAGGAGCAUCCCCAGCCGUUGCUCCACGCCAAUGCUGGAUGCGGCGUGGGAGGACUCCCCAGGCUCGACAGCCAGAGUUGCAGAAAAUCCAGCUUUCUUAAAUGGAAAUAUUUUGGCUGCAAAGCUAAACGUUGGCAUUGUGGGAGCGGGUUGGGGCUUGGGGGGGCUGCGGCUCGGGGCGCUCGCCAUCCUGCCUGGACCGUGUGGGAAGGCGAAGCAGGCACAGCAUCCUGGUGGGCCGGGAGACGCCAGGCAAGCCCUACUAGCUUCCAGGCCCUACUAGCUUCCAGGCACUCCCUUUAUUUUUAAUCAAAAUUGACUUUUCCCGCUGAAACCAGCCACUCAUUAAAAGUGCUGUUUAAU